AUGUCUUCCCGAAGCCAGUGCCCGCGUCGCGGCAGCAAUGCCGAACAAAGGGUCAUGGGAAAGGCCAGGAGAUGCAGAAAGCAUCCAUGGAAUUCAGGAGGCGGCUCAAGGGCUCAUCGGGUAAAAGUAUAUCGCGGUCCGGAUAAACGUAAAAAGAUAUCGGUGUGCCGAUAUGCAGCUGCAUUAUGGUCAUCAUCGACAACCACAACACAAUCUGACGAUCGCCACCUUGUAGUCGUAGAUCUCGCCCGUGGCCAACCGUUCCCACCAGUAGCCCCGCCACCGCAUUCGCAGCCAUGGUAUGCUGUGUCAGACGUGCCGGGAGGCGGUGUGACAGGGUUGGGAUUGUAG